AUGCGCAGGUGGUCAGAUCCAGCAACGGGGCUCGAGGACCAAGAUACUGACGACCCAAUCCAACACUCCCUCGGCCUCCUGGAAACAUACCUGGAAGAAAACCCAAACAAUGGUGCUUGGAAAACACCUCUAUCAGAGUUGUCUACACAAUUUGGCCCCUCUGAUACAAGUCCACCAUAUUGUCCACUUUAUACUCGAUACCCAGCCUAUUACCGCUUUCCCACAAACAGGCGCACAAACCCAGCACCACAGGGGAUCAUCGCUGGACACUCUCGAUCUACGGCGAGUGCGGCACAUGCACUCUCUUCCAAUCCUUAUGCUCACAUGAGUGAACAGGCCAUAUUGAAUAUACUUGGGUUACGAGAAGAGGACGUCCGCUUGAAUCCCUUGACCUCUACAUUGGAGAUAGUACCAAGGGCUGAGCAGGUCCAUUGCGGUGAUAAUAGUACAAAGGGUGCUGUAGAUGCCCAGGCAGCAACUCCUGAUCGAAGAGAGAAAUCGAAAUUGGAUAUUGAGUACCUCAUGGCUCUGUACCAUCUGCCACCGAUCAAGAGGGACCUGCUCAUGACGAUAAGGAGGAAGAACAGGACUAUCCGCGAGAUCUCCAAGGCGAUAGGGCUGAGCGAGGCCGAGGUGACUAUGAGAAUAUGUCUCAUCGAGGGCAAAGGGGGAUGUAACUACGACACGGCGGCUCACUUCACCGAGGAAGAUGACAGGGCCAUUAUCGAUCUCUACUACAACCAAGGCAAAGAUCCGGUCCAGAUAGCCAAUGACUUCAGAGUCGACUCUGGGCGGUCCGCCGAGACAAAAGAGGCCAUGUACGCAGGCGAGAUCAAGCGGCGUAUCGAUAAAUACCUGUCCUUCACGCAGGCAGAGGACGACAUGAUCAGGGAGGCCGUCAGCAAGAGCCUGACCAGGCGUGAGGUGGAUGAUCUGCUGAAGCUCCCACAUCCCAAGAUCCGCCUGACCCUCAGCACCUUCGAGGCCCGCAGGCACACCCUGGAGGACCUGAUGGCCCUCGCUCCUCGCAAGGAGGCCCCGCAGUACAUUUGCAAACCUCGGAACAAUGAGCUCAAGUGCGUGUGGUGUCUCUGGGGUCCUGCCACGGCAGAUCCGCCCGAGACCACGAAGCCAGGCAAGCCCAGGACAUGA